UGUCGUCGUCUUUUUCUGGGGUUUUUGAAGUUCCUUGGCAGGUUGAGACGGUCAAACGGAGCAUGAGUGCCUGCUGUAUUGUGUUGAUCUGAUGCAUGAGUGGCUACACUUGCUUGGUUUGUUUGCUUGAUGCGUGAGUUUGUCCGGUUCUUGCUUCACCUAGCAUCAUUGCCGUGUGCGAAUCUUGUUGCGAGACUUGUCUGUUCUAGUAGGUCUUAGCAUCUCCACCCCAUGACAGCUGAGAAACAUCACUCCAUCUCUGCAUAUAGAGACGCUCCAAAACGCCGCACCUCUCCUAAGUUUUUAGCUUUCUUGGAUCUUUCGCGCAUUCUGUCGAGAGGAGAGAGAAGCAGAGAGAAGAAAGGAUGAGGAACAAGCAGGUGAUGUUCAGGGACUUUCUUGCGAAGGGAGCCUUCCCCAAAGAGUCAGACAUGGAGGUGACGGAGUCGACCAUUGAACUGACGACUGCGGUCGCCGAAGGCUCCACGGGAGUGCUGGUGAAGAAUCUCUACCUCUCCUGUGAUCCUUACAUGAGAAUCCGUAUGCAGAAGCUCACCGACCCGGCUGAGAGCUAUAUCGCCUCCUUCCAACCUGGUUCGCCUGUUACCGGAUUUGGAGUGGCGAGAGUCCUGGAAUCUGGGCAUCCGAAUUUCAAGAAAGGCGAUUUGGUUUGGGGCCUCACCGGAUGGGAGGAGUACAGUCUACUUCCCGUGCCAGAGACUUGCUUUAAGAUCGAACACACCGACAUUCCCCUCUCUUACUACACCGGUCUUUUGGGCAUGUCGGGCCUGACUGCUUAUGCUGGGUUUAUCGAGUUAUGCUCUCCUAAGAAAGGAGAAACUGUUUUUGUAUCGGCCGCAUCAGGGGCAGUUGGUCAGCUUGUUGGCCAGUUUGCGAAGUUGUUCGGUUGCUAUGUUGUUGGCAGUGCCGGCAGCAACGAAAAGGUCGACUUGCUGAAGAACAAGCUCGGAUUCGACGAAGCUUUCAACUACAAGGAAGAAUCAAAUCUGGAUGCAGCACUGAAAAGGUACUUCCCUGAGGGGAUCGACAUCUACUUCGAAAAUGUCGGGGGAAAGACGCUGGAUGCGGUGCUACUCAACAUGAAGCUUCAUGGUCGAAUCGCGGUAUGUGGAAUGAUCUCGCAAUACAACCUCGAGCAGCCCGAAGGCGUGCACAACCUGAUGCAACUCAUUACGAAGCAGGUUCGAAUGGAAGGUUUCAAUGUGCUUGAUUAUUGUCAUCUCUAUCCGAAGUUCCUGGAGAUGGUUUUGCCUCCCACUAAAGAGGGAAGGAUUGUAUAUAUUGAAGACACCGUCGAAGGGCUCAAGAACAGUCUAGCGGCCCUGGUCGGGCUGUUUUCCGGACGCAAUGUUGGGAAACAGGUGGUCCUGGUUGCUCGCGAAUGAGUCACUUGUUGUACCUUUUUCCAAAGGCAUAAUCUCUUAUGAUAGAACUCUGGAGUUGAAGGUUUUUACUAGCACAAUUGUCUUUGGAUUACUGUGAGAAUAACAAGUUGUGAGGUACAAAUUCUCAAAGGAGUGGGGCCUCAUAAUAAUUUACAAUUACUUGUUAUUUGGUUUUUUGUU